AUGAGCGAUCUUGGGAAGCUCACUUACUAUUUGGGAAUUGUGGUGCAUCAAUAUGGCGAAGGCAUUGUACUGAAACAAGAAAGGUACGCCCAAAAGAUACUAGAAGAAACUGGCAUGAGCAUGAGCAAUCCGACGCAUAUACCGAUGGACAGGAAUGUGAAGUUAUCAAAGUUCCCUGAAGAAAAGAGCAUUAAUGAAAGAGAGUAUAGGAGGAGCAUAGGUUGUCUACGUUAUCUGCUUCAUACCCGGCCAGAUUUAUCUUUCUCGGUUAGGGUGUUAAGUAGAUACAUGCAAGAGCCCAAGGAAUCUCAUGGUGUUGCGCUACAGCAAGUACUACGAUACUUACGGGGAACAACCGCACUCGGGCUUGUGUUUACACGGACAAAGAAGCAUGAGUUGAUGGGUUUCAGUGACAGCUCCCGCAAUGUAGACAACGACGAUGGAAAAAGUACUACAGGACAUGUAUUCUAUCUAGAUCAAAGUCUGAUAUCUUGGAGUUCACAGAAGCAUGAGAUCGUUGCGUUAUCAUCAUGCGAGGCGGGGUUUAUGGCUGCAACCGAAGCAGCUAAACAAGCGAUAUGGCUUCAAGACCUGCUUGGAGAAGUCGUCGGGAAGUCAAGCAAGGAAGUAACAAUACAUGUGGACAAUAAGUCGGCUAUUGCACUGACGAAAAAUCCGGUUUUUCAUGGGUGA